GGAAGAGUGAUUUUCAAUAUAAGCUUGGUCUUGGUACCGAAGAUUAACUAACUUCAUUGUUUAUAUUCCAUUCGUUUUAUAAUCCAGUACAGUGCGUCGUCAUAAUGUUUGCACUGGUAACAAUUGCGUUGAUGGUCAUCGCAAUUCUUCCCGAACGCAUCCCGGCGCAGCGAACCGUAGAGUGUCAUCCCACCGAUACUCACUUCGUGGACGAUCCCCGAGAAUGCCACAUGUACUACACGUGCUACCAGGGGGAAUCGUUCCCGAUGAUGUGCCCACCGGGAUUUAUGUUCGUCGAGGCCCUGCAGGGCUGCUAUCAGGUCCCAGUGGAAGAGUGUUUUCCGUGUCCCGCUGCUGGAUUCCAGAACUUCCCGCAUCCCAAAUCGUGUCAGAAAUAUGUGAUGUGUUUCCAGGGAGCUGCCCAUGAAAUGACGUGCUCGGCGGGAAUGUUGUUCAAUCCGGUGUUUGGCCAGUGUGAUCUGGAGGCCAAUGUGGAGUGUGCGAUUUAGGUUCUAAUACUAAUCAAGUGGUGGAAUUAAAUGGGAUAGUACUAAUUUAUU